AUGCCCAAAAAGCGACACAACGCUAUCUUUGCGAAUCCGACAAACACCGUUCAUCCUACCCUUCUCUCCUCGGGUCCUCGAAACUACCAGAAUGAUCGUUCCCGAUCGUCCCAGGCUUCGUCCUCAACCGCGGAGCCAUCCGUGAAUGACCUCAUCAAUCAUCUGCGUCGCACUCAGGUGUCUCGUCCAUCUGAAGAUGGCACACCGGCUUCAUCCAGGCCGAUCGCUCCUCGAUCUGUCCAUCCGUCGUUGCGAAAUCUCCUAGAGCUCCCAGAGACACCACCGCCCCGCCCCCGCCCAGGUGUCCGCCGUGUCGGAGUUGGGGGACAGCGAGCCAGAAGGAUUGCUGGACCACCUCCACCUGAAAGCUGGCUUUUGGGAAGCAAUGAUGCAAAUACCCUUGACGAUGAUGAGGAAGCGCUAACGGCUGCGGAUACGGAGAGAGUUAUUUACCGUUUAGAGCGUCUUCCUGGGAUCGCGUUUCCUCCGAAACACAGCUUGUUGCAUAUGUUGCUCAAGUCGAUGGGUUUGCAUUGGGCGUGGCAUAUUGAAUAUGAUGGAGAGUUUCUUGCCUUGUUACCCAGCCAGAUUAAGGUGCUAUUGCUUAGCUAUAUUGCCGUCUAUGCGAGGGAUCAACGAUUCGGGGGUCUCAUGCAGGGCUUAGGGCCGCUCUUAAAGACAUCAAUGGGUGACGAUGAAAGUGAUUCUUAUCAAGAAACAGACCUGGAUAUCUCGCGGCUAGAUUUAUGUGGUGUUAUAGGGCGAUGGAUGACGUUCAAACAACUCACCAGGGAGUUGAUUACAUCUCAGAAAUCCCGUUCAGCUUCUGUGCAGCGCACGUCUAAAGAGGCCGUUCCGUCUUCAUGGGAGGAUGAUUACGAGGAAGAUGCGGGCCCUUCCACUGGGAGUCAAUAUUCGGCUAUCCCCAAGUCUCUCAACCAAGGCCUUCGCUUUGAGAAUCUCCGUUUUCUGUCUCUGGCACAUCCUAGCCCAGCUGCUGUGAACUGGAAUUCCCUCAUUGGUCUCCUCUCACGGUUAUCCACACUCACUCAUCUCUCCUUAGCUCACUGGCCCGUCCCAACAGUCACCCCUAACGCGAUAAAUGCUCGCAUCCGGCACCCAACACAUCACUCAUUGUCUUUUGCGUACAGCGGCACAGAUGCCUACUCUGCAAUGGAAAACAAUUGGGCCGAAGCAGCUGGUGUGCUACGCAAGCUUUCACGUGCCACGUACUGUCUUAAAUGGCUGGACCUGGAAGGCUGCGGGGACUGGAUCCCUGCGUUAAACUGGGACGGGGUUGACCCGGACGGGCACGCGUAUCCCUCUGGCUCCACAGGCCCAGAGUGGAAUGCAUCAUGGAGAGACAUCGAAUACAUUCGGUUGGGGCCCGGGUGGCUUCCCCACAUUGAUGAUACCGAGCUAGUCAGCUCACUCCAGAAGGAGAGAGAGACGGAGAGGCAAACGAGUUCACCAUUGCCAGCGUCAUCCAAUGUCCCCGCGUCCCAAUCUCUGGCAUCAUCAAUGCAUGCUCCAUCCCGAUCUAGAGGCUUUGGCAGGGAAGAUCCAACACCACCUGACUCGCCGGAUCUCCCGUGGGAUGUUGAGGUGGAACGGAUCAAAUAUCGGCGCUCCAAGGAGUUGGAACGAUAUCGUGAACUUGCCCGCUCCGCAAAAGCAGUCCAGAGACGUAUCCAGCAGAUUAGGAGAGUAGGACGAGGCAAAUGGGUGCACUUCUCCUUCGGGUUUGAAGAAUUGGAGCCCGGGGUUCUCAAGAAAUUGCUAGGACCCGAGUACUCCAGUUUCUUCCCAUGA